ACACAUUCUCUUCCUUCGUCCUAAUUUGGAAGAAGGAAGAAAAAACGCAGAGCUGCCACGCCGCCUUGGAUAAAGCCGCUUCCUCUGCUGCGUUGCCGAGUUCGAUUCCUGGGGAAGCCGAUCUCAGGGAGGCUCUUUUCCCCAAGGAGUCUCUCCAUCUCUCCGAUGUCGAAAAGGAUCCUUUGUAAGUUCUUUGCUCACGGUGCUUGCUUAAAAGGUGACAACUGUGAAUUCUCUCAUGACUGGAAGGAUCCUACAAAUAAUGUUUGCACCUAUUACCAGAGAGGUCUCUGCUCUUACGGAAGCCGAUGCAGGUACGAACAUGUCAAACUCAAACCUUCUCGUCCUCCUGCUUCAUCUUCCUCCGCCCUGCCUCGUCCCACCUUCCUCGCUUCAGAAACGGAUUUGAGCCCACUUCCCUCAUCAUCAUCACCAGCUUGGACUUUGGAUUCCUUUGACCACGAGGUCAACACCAACACCUUCAACUCCUCUACAUCCAAUCCACAAGACCAACCCAUUUGCUCAUACGCCGCAGCCGGUGACUGCCCACGUGGCGAUCAAUGCCCUCACAUCCAUGGAGACCUUUGCCCAACUUGUGGCAAACGUUGCCUGCAUCCUUUCAGGCCUGGUGAGAGGGAGGAGCACAAGAUUGCAUGUGAGAAAAAGAAAAAGCAGCUCGAAGCGCUCAAACUUAGCCAGGAGGUGGAGUGUUGUGUCUGUCUGGAACGUGUUCUGUCUAAGCCAACUCCAGCUGAACGCAAGUUUGGGCUGCUCACUGAGUGUGAUCAUGCUUUCUGCAUUGGUUGCAUCAGGAAUUGGCGUAGCAGUUCUCCUUCCACCGGUAUGGAUGUCAACAGCACGCUGAGGGCUUGCCCCAUCUGCCGCAAGUUGUCGUAUUUUGUUGUUCCUAGUGUCAUCUGGUUCUCAGCUCCUGAGGACAAAAACGAAAUCAUGGACAACUACAGGGAAAAGCUCAGGUCAAUUGAUUGUAAGCACUUCAAUUUCGGAGAUGGGAAUUGUCCGUUCGGAACAAGUUGCUUCUACAAGCACACUGUGAAGUCAGGGUCAUAUGCAUGGAAAUACCACAGGCCACCUCCAAGGCGUCCAAGGCCAUCUGGAUCUAACUUCUCAGACAUGGAUACAUUUUUUAAUAUGAUGGGGAACAUAAUGUCAGAAGGAGAAUAUGAUCCUUUUGGAUUUGAAGAUUCAGACGAUGACGAACUGACCACAACGGAUAUGAUGAUGUUACUGAUGAACUUGGAUAUGGAAUCCGAUGAGAAUAUCUAUUAGCUACACAUUUAAGUAACCAUUAAACAUGCGUUUCACGAUGGUCGUUUGGAGGAAGUGGUUCUGCGGCAUCUGGAUGCAGAAGAUGGGCAGACUGUGAUAGCAAAAGAUAUAAGGUUGUCUGACUUUCUUGAGAAUAUGCAUAUAUAAACGAGGACUCUUUUGGCACAGUAAAGUACAAGGCAAAGAUGUUAUGAUGAACUCUUUUUGUGGUUUUGUGGUCAUUCAUUGCUAUUGACAGAUUUGAGUUUGAAGAUCUUAUCUUAGACACCAAUGCUUUGUGACCUGUGAUAAGUCCUGAAUCAUUUUUACCUUUUUUUUUUAUUUUUAACAAUUGUUACAACUUCAAAUCAGAGUUUAGCCCUGGGCAAAAUAAUUGGUUUGGAUUAGUUUUGAUUGUUGACUAUAUAUCCAUAAAUCCUGCA